CAUGCCACAUACCACGCACCAAAACAUUCAAGUUUAGUUCUAAGUUCAUUAAUUACCUGCCUUGCUUCUUAGUUUACUAAAUUCAAAUCCAGGAUACAACACCAUGUCUGCCAAUGCCAUUGAAUCCCCUAUGCCGGAAUCCUUUUUGAAAGUAGAAAUGCAAAACAAGGGCAUUGUUGAUGCACUGUAUAAGGGAUUAUCAAAUGGUCACAUGGGGACAGUGGCCAAACUCAUAGCAAGUGAUCUAGAAUGGUGGUUCCAUGGACCUCCACGAUGCCAACACAUGAUGAGAAUACUCACCGGGGAGUCUAGCCACACCAAGUUCAAGUUCGAGCCAAGAAGCAUUGAGGUCGUCGGUGAUUGUGUGAUUGCGGAGGGCUGGGAAGGUGCACAAGUUUACUGGGUGCAUGUAUGGACCUUGAAAGAUGGUGUGAUCACACAAUUUAGAGAGUACUUCAAUACAUGGCUCACCGUGAAGGAUAUAAGCCCACAUGGUUGGGAAAUUAGGCAUGAGAACCACACCUUGUGGCAGAGCCACCCAAGAGACCUUUUCAGCCGCUCAUUGCCUGGCCUUAUUCUCGGUAUUUAGGGGCUAGUACUUCUGUAACAACUGUGACAUUAUUGCACGAAAGGGAAAUAGACCUACAAGUAAUAAUACAAGAAAACUGAAAAUCAUGUGUACUGUACUUAUUGAGAAUAAUAUAAAUCAUAUCCUGGAACCUCACCUAACAGCUUAAGCUUUCGGGUUGAGAUGGUUCUUUGACAUGGUAUCAGAGCCUUGAUGACUAAGCGGUCACGAGUUCGAAUCUCACCAUCCCCAUUUAUUUGAUAAAAAUUAAGCACAAGGUAAUGUGGGUCUGUGCAAGUUUCAAGCCCAAAGGGCUUUCACUUGAGGGGGUGUGUUAGAGAAUAAUAUAAAUCAUAUCCUGGAACCUCACCUAACAGCUUAAGCUUUCGGGUUGAGAUGGUUCUUUGACACCUAUUAGCUUAAGCUGAUCAGUUUUUUCGUCUUAAUUUAAAUUCUCUUCUGAAAAAUAUCUGAACCCGUACCAUAUAUAUUAUGGAAUCAAGCAUGGUACCUAGUUUCUUACUGGAAGAAUUUUCCAGUAAACUGGGACGUUGUUGAGCUCUUCAAAA